AUGGUGCAACUCGGCACCAGUGGGCCCAGCCUGGCCAAACCUGGGCCAAAGAAUGGACAUCUUUCCGAGAUUGAUCCUAACUUUGCCCUUCUCCAAGCAGACGUUGACCGAAAUUUCGCAGACCUGUGGUCGUUACCCCUGGAGGAAUUCAAGGCGGCGUGGCUGAGUGCGCCGGUUCCCUUGCCCGACAAUUGCCCCGAACCGGGCAAAGACUACGAGGUACUCGAUCAAGAGGCCGCGGUGAGAGACGGUGCAAAAAUAGAAUUGAAGAUCUACAAACCCUCGACAAGCUCUAGCACACCGUCGGUGCUGAUUCUGAAGAGCCAUGGAGGAGGCUGGGUAGUUGGCAGCCAUGAGGUCGAGGAGGUGGAAAAUCGCUUCCUCGCCGCCAAAGCUGGUGCCGUUGUUGUCAGUGUCGAUUAUCGCAUGGCACCGGAGUAUAAGUUUCCAUACGCCAUCAAUGACUGUUUCGACGUGCUCCAGUGGUGCAAAUCCCAUGCUACGGAGUUAGGUAUAGACCCUGAGAAGAUCAUCGUUGCUGGGGGAAGCGCUGGAGGUAACAUUGCCGCCGUCCUGGCCCAGAAGGCUCGAGACGAGGGCGUUUCUGGAAUCAUCGGCCAAAUCCUCAAUAUCCCUGUGACUUGUCACCCGAACCACUUCCCCUCAGACAAGUACGAGGGCGACAGCUACCGACAGAACAAAGACGCAAGCAUUAUCGACGCGCCCAAGAUGAUGUGGUUUUGGGAGCAGUAUCUCCCCGACGCUCAGCCGGACCCCUACGCGAGCCCGUUGCUGGCGAAGGACCUCAAGAAUCUCCCCCCGGCGUUAAUACAGGUCGCUGGGAUGGACCCGCUCCGCGACGAAGGCCUCGCCUACGCUGAAGCUCUCAAAGCUGCUGGGAAUGCGGUCACGUUGAAAACCUACAAGGGCUUACCUCAUGGAUUCUACUUCUUUCCCCAGUUGAAACAGACGCAGGAGUAUUGGGACAAUUCCGUUCAGUUUGUGAAAGACCUGGCGGCGCGGGCAUAG